GUAGCCAAAGUCAUAGGCCUUAAUUAAAUUAUUUGGUCAAGUUAGUUAUAGCAGUAAAUUAAUUACUUCUCCAAUGGCUGAUUCAGGCUCAGCCUCUUCCAAGAGAAUGUGGUGUGCCAUUCCCGAAAGACUUCAGCUGCAUGUGGCCAUGUUGGCCCUGCAGUUUGGCUAUGCUGGAUUCCAUGUGGUCUCAAGAGCUGCACUUAACAUGGGCGUUAGCAAGCUAGUUUUCCCUGUCUAUCGGAACGUCAUCGCUUUGCUUCUGCUCCUUCCCUUUGCAUACUUCUUGGAAAAGAAGGAUAGGCCUGCGAUGACUUUAAACUUUAUCGGGCAGUUCUUUAUGCUGGCUCUUGUAGGGAUUACAGCAAACCAAGGUUUCUACUUGCUUGGGUUGGAGAACACAUCCCCUACCUUCGCAUCAGCAAUACAGAACUCUGUCCCAGCCAUUACAUUUCUCAUGGCAGCCAUACUCAGGAUAGAGCAAGUGAGACUGAACAGAAAAGAUGGGUUGGCUAAGGUGGCGGGAACGGUGUUGUGUGUAGUUGGGGCAACUGUGAUUACACUUUACAAAGGUCCAACUAUAUACAGUCCAGCAACUCGUGUGAAUAGCAGCAACACGAGACCAAAUUUAUUUGAUUUUGGGUCACUUUCACUGGGAGAUGCAAAGGGUAAGAAUUGGACCCUUGGGUGUCUCUACCUCAUUGGCCAUUGUUUGUCGUGGUCUGGUUGGCUUGUGUUGCAAGCACCGGUACUCAAAAAGUACCCGGCUCGCCUCUCUGUCACUUCCUACACCUGUUUCUUUGGACUCUUACAGUUUCUCGUUAUUGCUUUGGCCUUUGAAAGAGACGCCCAAGCAUGGCUUUUCCACUCUGGUGCAGAAGCUUUCACAAUUCUAUACGCGGGAGUGGUGGCAUCAGGUAUUGCCUUCGCUGUACAAAUAUGGUGCAUCGACAGAGGUGGCCCUGUGUUCGUCGCCGUGUAUCAGCCUGUUCAGACUUUUGUUGUUGCCAUUAUGGCUUCCAUUGCUUUAGGAGAAGAGUUCUACUUGGGCGGGAUCAUUGGGGCAGUGUUGAUUGUAGGAGGACUGUACUUUGUCUUGUGGGGUAAAAGUGAAGAGAGGAAGAUUGCAAGAGAACAACUUGCUAUUACGUCAAAUGCUGAGCAUGGCAUCAUAAGGCCCCCAAGCCACACCAAAGCAUCACUUACUCAGCCACUCCUCUCUUCAUCAACUGAGAAUGUCUGAACAAGAAAACCCUAACUUUAAACCACAGCAUUUUCUGGCGAGAAGAAAAAGUAAAGGGAAAAAAAUUAUACCAGUUAUACAUUUACUAGUUAUUACUACUACUUUGUGUCAGCAAGCUUGUGUGUGUUCCAACCGGUUUUCAUCUUCUCUCCCCCCCCCCCCCCCCCAUUUUUCUUUUUUUAAAUUCAAAUGCUUUUUCAGUAGGUCAAUUUAGAAUGAGAGAAUUAUGGAAAUGAUUGUAAUGGUGGAUGCCACUUAAAGUGGGGCCUAGAACCUGAA